AUGGGUUUCGCUCAAAAGCUCGCCGCCGCACAAAACGCCUCGCAAGUGAACCCAACUGGGGGUAACAGUGGCACGUAUGUAGGCAGUGCUCCAUCAGGAUACCCUGGGGGACCUCCUCCUACUGGGGGACCUACUCCUGCUGGAUCUACUCCUGCAGCAUUGCAGGUCGGCAAUAACCAGGCACCCCCGUACCCUCAGACAUCCCAGCCCCCUCAGGGUUCUCCGUACCCCGGUAGCCAGGGCUCAAACCAGGGACCUGGAGGACCACCCGGCCAAUAUGGUGCACCGUCCGGCGGCGCGGCCCCUCCCGCAACCCAGCAAAACGUCGCAGCAUACCACUCACUACUGGUGUCCACCAUCCAAGAGAAUAAUAUCGGAAGCUUCUACCCACGCGAGCGCCUCGACAGACUCGUGCAGACGCUUGCCGCCGAGGCACCGUUCAAGCUCGAAAAGAUUAUGCGCGAGUGGUCCGUCCCGAUGGAGGUGGCGACGGAUUUGAUGAAGCUCUCACUCUUCGACGUAGUCCUGUACGUAGAUGACAGCGGAUCCAUCGAAUUUGAAGAGAAUGGAAUGCGAAAGGAUCAGCUGAAACAGAUUCUCGGCAUCGUCGCGACCGCUGCCUCAACCUUCGACCAGAACGGUAUUUCCAUCUUUUUCAUGAACUCUGCCGAAACAGGUGAUGGCAUUCGCAACACGCAAGACGUUCUCAACCUCGUUUCUCGUGUCAGAUUCAGUGGAUUGACUCCUCUUGGCACAAGCCUCAGGUCGAAGGUCGUUGACCCGAUCGUGCAACUUGCCCGUGCCAGAAGACUUGAUAAGCCCGUGCUUGUUAUCACCAUUACCGAUGGACAACCGGCUGGUGAGCCAAGAGACAAGGUGCGCGAGGCUAUUAUCUACGCUUCGACUGAGGUCGGGAAGACCCAAUAUGGCCCAGGUGCUGUUAAGUUCCAGUUCUCGCAGGUUGGCACCGAUCAGCGUGCUCGCGACUUCUUGGGCACUCUCGACGAGGACCCUAACAUCGGUCACUUGAUCGACUGCACCUCCAAUUUCGAGGUCGAGCAGGAUGAAAUGUCCCGCGCGAACCCACCUGUACAUCUGACUCGAGAGCUUUGGUGUGCUAAACUCAUGCUCGGCGCCAUUGACCAAUCCUAUGAUACCAAGGACGAGACAACCAACCGUCCUGCCCCAGGCUCCGGUGGUGGAGGCGGAGGCUACGGCCAGCAGCCGGCCUAUGGCCAGCCGCAGCAAGGGUAUGUUCAACAGCCAGCGUAUGGGCAGCAGCCACAGGCCUAUGGUCAGCAGCAAGGGUAUGGCCAGCAGCCGUCCCAUGGUCAACAGCAGCCACCGGCUCAUGGCCAGCAGCAAGGGUAUGGUCAACAGCCAGCGUAUGGGCAACAGCCACAGGCCUAUGGUCAGCAGCAAGGGUAUGGCCAGCAGCCGUCCCAUGGUCAACAGCAGCCACCGGCUCAUGGCCAGCAGCAAGGAUAUGGUCAGCAGAAACCACCUUAUUAG